GUUCAGCAGGGUGCAGAUAUAUAGCUACAGCUGUUGUCGUUGCAUUGUGGGAUUGGCUGCCGGUAGAGGAGGUGGUGUACACUUCACUGUACAUCCAGGCCUGAAGGAAACAGCACGAGAUCCUCCGCAGUGAAGCGCCCAUAUUUUAUUUUGCUCGCACAUAUUCGCUGGAUUCCGUCAGCGGGAAGAUUGUCCGCCAUGCCGUCCAUGCUGGGGGUCGUCGCCAAACAGCUCAAGAGCCACCCUGCUCUCAUCCCCCUCUUCAUCUUCAUCGGUGGCGGGGCAACCAUGAGCAUGAUGUACUUGGGUCGGCUGGCUCUGAAAAACCCUGAUGUCUCAUGGGAUCGCAAGAACAAUCCCGAGCCCUGGAACAACAUGGAGCCCAAUCAGCAGUACAAACUUUUCACAGUUAACAUGGACUACUCCAAGUUGAAGAAGGACAGGCCGGAUUUCUAAGUCACCGUGUCUUCGCACCUCCGCCUCUGAUAUUGUUGUCAGUGUGAGGAGCCUUUGCACUUUUUGCCAAAAACAAAACAAACCCAUGACGCUGAAUGAAGGUUGAAUCACUCACUGCGUGCUGCGCUCGUUCAGUUAGUUCAUUUCCAGUGUGAAAGGGAUCAUUCACUUAUCGAUGACUGUAUGAAUAAAACAGGCAACCACCUGUUUUCCUAAUUGAUGAAUUUAUUUUUGACUUUGUUGUAAAUUAUUAAAACCAUUUCAAUCACA